AUGGAGAUGACACACCCAAACAUGGGGAACGAGCAAAACUCGGACUCUGAUGUGCAGAUUGCACAAGCCAAGGUACAGCAGUCUAAACGUGCAAGACCACGACUGAUCAUCAUAGGAAGGCCUAGCACUGUGCCAGAGGCGGAGCAAGACCUACAUCUCGAUAUCGCUACGACCUUCAAACGUCCCGCUCUGCAGCGACAUAAUGCCUUGAGGUUGAAGCCGAAGCCGUUGGAUAUCCGACGUGCCAACCGAGUCGAACAAAACUCGGCGCUGCAGGACGCUAAGAGUGCUGAGCUCAAUGAGCCCCUGUAUGCUGUAAAGGGCCCAGGGGUACCGCAGCAACAACCACAACGACAGCAGCAAUCAUCUAUCGAUACAGACGACUUCAAAGGAGUCAAAUAUGCCGCAUGCCGACGAGGUUCGCGCGGCCGACCUGACACUCCCAUCCCGACAGCUAACAUGGUCACCAUGACACCGAAGAUGAGGAGGAAGAAAGCUUAUUCAUCACUCAUCAGCAUCAGCGAGAGGCAGUCGAGUCUUACCUCUAACAAUCAGGCAAGCACAAUCGUUGCGAAGACAUCCUUUAGCAAGUCUGAUGCCAAUCUACUCCAUGUACAACACUCGAGCACGACAGCUGGCAAUAAUAGCAUUCCGCGUCGACAUUCUGCACCGAAUACCUCACCAACUAAACUCGAGCGAAAACAGCCUAAACUAACACCCCUUGCUGCAGUUUACCCAAAGACAUUGCCUGCAUCAACUCAAAAGUACAAAGGAAAACCAGCAGAUAUUGAUGGAGCCGUUAAAGCAGCCGCCGAUUCUCACCAUGUGCACACGCUCCUCAAACAUCUCUCUGGACUGCGAAUACUCUACGCAUCCAGCUUAGACCAACUACUCCACAAGCAGAAACCUGGCCGAGUCAGGAACGCCUUCUCCAAGCUCGCGAAUACACGCAAUCGCUGCGAAGCAGAAACCCUUGCCCAAGAGAUUGAAACUCUGAAAGGCCAUCUAGAGACUCUCAAUAGUUGGGCUGCUCAAUUGCAGCGUGCUGAUGCCAUCCUGAACAGUGUGGUCAGGAGAAAGGAGCCUGUGGGAUAUGCUAGCAUCGAGUCAGACGUGCAGCGGAUCAUCCACGGAGUGGAGGAGUUCCUGGCAGCGACUGAGGAGCGACGGACAAGCAAAGAUGAACAAACAAGCAAUUUCCAGCACCAGUCUCAGCAUGAGCAGGGAAGGAACAGUGUUGCCAUGAGCAUACUAAGCACUUGGAGCGAAGAACUCGACCGCGAAUAG